GAACCCAGAAGAGGAAGAAGGAGGAGGAAGAAAAAGAAGAAGGUGUGUUUUUGAAAAGGGUGUGUUGCUGCUGCUGCUGUUGGAGUGUUUGAGGCAAACUACAGGACACAGUUUCAGAAGCAGUGAGCAGACUUUUGCUGAGAACCAGACCAGGUUUACUACACUGUUCAGUCAGGUACGGUGGGGUGAUGCAACACAGCAGCAGUGUGACUGACUUUCAGCAGCUGUGGGGAAGAUGGACUUCCCUGUUGAACCGCCUUUAUGAUGACCCAAAGGUAGCACAGAUGAUGAAUACAAGAAUGGGGCGGUACCUCAGCAGCCACCCUCUCUUCGCUCUCACAGUGAUGCUGUUCAGCGCCAUGGCUGCACUGCCUGUCGGACUUUUCCUCAUUUUUGCUCUUUCGACCACGAUUAUGUCGGCAGUAGCUUUUGUUUUCUUUGAGGUGUUCCUGUUGUUUAUUGGAGGGUUGAUUCUGCUGUGUGUGCUCUCCGGCAUCGCCCUCUUAUCCGUCCUGGGUUCAUUGUUCUUUAAUGCUAUUUAUGUCACCACCUCCAACAUCCUCAGCUGCUACUACCCACAACUGACAAAGCAAGGUAAUGUCCAGGGGAAGGAGAGAAAGUUUGAAACUUCAAAACUGAAGGAAAUGCAGUAGCUCUCAACUGUGGUCUUAUGAGUAUAUAGGAGCCUUAAAUCAGCACUAUUCAAGUGUGUUGGUUGGGAUUCAGAGGACACAGAUGCUUGAAUGUAUGGUGGCUUGAGUCUGGGAUCUGCCGUUGUAACAGAUUUUCAAAGCACAAAGAUUACCUUAUGGUUAAUGUAUGCAUAAAGCCUAAAUAUUGUUACCAAAUAUUUUUUGAAACAUUAAACGUGAGGUGUCAUUAUAACGUCUUCAACAACUAAAAGGCAUUUAAAACUAAUCUUUCAACUGCCUCAUUAGCCAAACACAGACCUCUAAUCUGUACAUAUCCGAAAUGCACAUAUCUUGAAAUGGCAGCUCUUUUCGUGUACUAUAGAAAAAAGAAAUGUUGGGGGGGAAAAUGUUGACUCCAUUAUUGAUGUUUGGAAUGUUUGAAGAUGUUUGAUGUCCAUACCCUGAAGGCAAAGAAAAUGCACAACAAAAUAAUGUUACAUGUCUUGCGUUUGCUGUUACCUGUAAAAGAGCACAAUGUUUUGCAUUUGUAAUCCAGCUUUAAAUAAAAGCUCAUUAGAAUGAA